AACGCGCUCGGAGCGGAAGUGAAAAGCAGCGGAAACAGGAGAAGAAGAGUCCAGAGAGAGGUCCUGAGGUGCGCUUGUUUCGCACACAUGUCGGUGCAGGUGUGGUGCCUGUCAUUCCGGCAGCCAUACGCUGGUCUGGUUCUAAACGGGGUGAAGACGGUGGAAAGCCGGUGGAGGCCUCUGCUGGCCCCCCUGGAGAGCCAGACCCUGGGGGUCCACAUCGCCUGGCAGGACUGGGAGGAAGAGCAGGACUGGAUGGCGGUGCUGAGCGGUCCACUGGGGAUGAACCGGGUUCAGAUCCGAGCGCUGCAGGACUCCGGGGAGUGGUUUGGCCGCGGUGUGGUGGCAGGAUUAGUGGAUGUGGGUGGGACCUGGCUGUGCCCCGCCUCCCUGCAGGGGGAGGCACUGCAGCACCUGGAGCAGUCGGCUGUUCUGAUUGGUCUGCAGGAAAAACACUUGACUCACCUUUCAAACCCUCGCUGGCUCAAGGAGCCGCUGAGGGCCCGGGGGGGUCGUGACCUCUGGACUGUGGAGAUCCCCACUGAGCUGUUACCAUGAUGACGUGCCCUCCCCUCAUGAGGUCAUGUGACCCAACAGAAGCAUCAUCAUCAUCAGCUGGUGAAACAAACUUUAUUCAACACAGAUAGAUCCCUCAUCAAUAAACAGGGACUGGCCACGCCCCCCUCUCUGAUUGGCUGCCGGGCAUUAGAAAGAUAAACUUCAAACGAAACUGUGACAACAUAGUAUAUCCACUUUAACGAACUAAACAAACGAAUUACCUUUUGAACAGAAGACGUGCUUAGCCACGAGCUUACAUGCUAACACCGGUAAACUACACUAACAUUUAGACUUUUUUAUAACAUUAAAAUGUUUUGCCCUUA